AGAACCCUAUCAUUCUCUAUUCGUACUUCUCUCUCUCUCAUGACACUGCCACAGUCAUAGCAAAUAGUGAACUCCUCCACCUCUCCUUUUGAGCUACAGCCUUAGCUGUUUGAUAUUUGAUACUAUUUGAUAUUUCUUCAUCUUCUCUCUCUCUGGGGAAAAAGAACAAACACAGAAAAAGCAGAAAACGCAGCCUCAAAAGACGCGUCUUAACUAAGCAGAUUCUUUCUUAGUCAGAUUAUUAUUCUAAUUUCUCAUUCAAUCAUCUAUAUAAAGCGACACCCAACCCUGAUUGUGUGGCUUCGCUUCUCUUCUUUCCUUUCGCUUAAUCCUCUUUAGGUCCAAAGGGGUAUUGGCCUUUUGGGUUUUUCUCUAGAGACUCUGAUAGAAACUGUCUCUAUGGCUGAAGAGGGUCUUGCUGUGUCCAAUGAUUUGGCUGUCAAGAAACCCAGAGAAGAUGAAGCGAAUGGUGUUUCUGCUACCACUGUUUCUAUGGAGACUGAGGGUAACACAGACAACAAAAGUAACAAUGAUUAUAUAUCCUCUGUUAUUCCUGGCUGGUUUUCUGAGAUUAGCCCAAUGUGGCCUGGAGAGGCACACUCCUUAAAAGUGGAGAAGAUCUUAUUUCAGGGGAAGUCUGACUACCAGAAUGUCAUGGUCUUUCAGUCAUCAACAUAUGGAAAGGUUCUUGUUCUUGACGGGGUGAUUCAACUCACGCAAAGGGACGAAUGUGCAUAUCAAGAAAUGAUUACCCACCUCCCACUCUGCUCAAUUCCAAACCCAAAGAAGGUUUUGGUUAUUGGUGGAGGAGAUGGUGGUGUCCUGCGGGAAGUGGCUCGGCAUUCAUCAGUUGAACAGAUUGACAUAUGUGAAAUAGAUAAGAUGGUUGUUGAUGUUUCUAAAGAAUUCUUCCCUGAUGUAGCAGUUGGGUAUGUGGAUCCUCGCGUGACACUGCAUGUUGGCGAUGGAGUUGCAUUUUUAAAGGAUGUUCCUGCAGGAACAUAUGAUGCAAUUAUAGUAGAUUCUUCUGAUCCAAUAGGUCCUGCACAAGAGCUUUUUGAGAAGCCCUUUUUUGAGUCCGUAGCAAAGGCUCUUCGUCCUGGAGGGGUUGUUUGUACGCAGGCAGAAAGUAUAUGGCUUCACAUGCACAUUAUUGAGGAUAUUGUAGCAAACUGCCGUCAAAUCUUCAAAGGCUCUGUCAACUAUGCCUGGACAACUGUUCCAACUUAUCCAAGUGGGGUGAUAGGUUUCAUGCUCUGCUCUACUGAGGGACCACCAGUUGAUUUCAAGCAUCCAGUGAAUGCAAUAGAUGCUUAUGAUGGCAAAUCAACUACACCUUUGAAAUUUUACAAUUCAGAGAUUCAUACAGCUGCCUUUUGCUUGCCGUCAUUUGCAAAGAAGGUGAUUGAUUCAAAAGCUAAAUGAAGUAAUUUUUUGAAGAACAUUGAAGGAGCUGGAGUUAAGCUUUGUUGUAGAGUGGUGGGCCUUCAUCCUCACCAAGAUAGUCCAUUUGGCAAUGAGCCAUGGAAUAAGUUGAGGUUUCAAGUCAUUUUCAGAGUUUGUUUUAGUACUUUUAGCGUUGGACUUAAUUCAAUUCACAACACAGUCAGAGACAUAAUAUGAAAGUUUAGGCUCCUUUUCUA